UGUUCUAUGUUUUGUCUCUGAACUGUGAAUUCUGAGGCCGGCCGGCCACCUCAGUAGGAGUGUUGAAGGAGGACAGACGUGUCCUGAACCUUCACACCCCAGCCCCGAGGGACGCCUCGGUGGUGUUUGUAGGGGAGAACUGACAAGUUCGUCAGACUCCCCAAAUCCGUAGGCAGGCCUCCCCUGCCAUCUGAAUCUGAAUACCUGGCCGCGGCUCCUUGGUUGUUGUCUAGUCUGUGUUGUCUGGUCUGUAUCGACAUUGUAGUCAUAUUCGUGUGUGUGUGUGUAAGUGUGCGUGUGUGGACGCGUGGACAGGACGACACAGCCAUGGGACAGACACUGACUACUCCUCUAUCUUUGACUCUGACUAAUUUCUCGGACGUCCAGGCAAGAGCUCGCAAUCUAUCCGUUGAGGUUCGAAAAGGUCGAUGGCGAACUUUUUGUUCAUCGGAGUGGCCCACCCUAUCUGUAGGGUGGCCCCGGGACGGGACUUUUGACCUCUUUGUUAUAUUACAGGUUAAGACAAAGGUAAUGGAUCCUGGACCACAAGGUCAUCCAGAUCAAGUGGCCUAUAUCCUCACCUGGGAGGAUCUCAUCCGGAAUCCUCCGGCAUGGGUGAAACCCUUCCUUCCUUCCUGCCCCACUUCUCAGUCUACCCUCCUUCCCCUGAAAACCUCCAAAAACCGAGCCUCAACCCAAACUCCAGAUCCGCCCAAACCGGUUUUUCCCGAUGAGUCCCAAAGGGACUCCCUCCUCCUAGACGCUUUGUCUUCGCCGCCCCACGCCCCCGAAGAGACUUCACCGCCCCACAACCCCCUCUUACUACCUCCACCCUAUAAUUCACCCCUGGCCCCCGUCUCCGUCCUGUCCCCGGUGCCCCCUACUUCCCCUCCUGCCUCCAGUUCCUCCUCCCCCUCCCCAACUUCUUCCCCCGCCUGUACGUCAGCCUCAUCCUCUACUCCAGCCCCACCCGAUCUAACUCCCCAGACCCCACCUCAGACCCCCCGCCUCCGUCUCCGGCGAUCGGACGACCCGAACGGCCCUCCCACUUGGCAAUCUUCCCUGUUUCCUCUCCGGACAGUCAACCGGACUAUCCAGUAUUGGCCAUUUUCUGCAUCUGAUCUUUACAAUUGGAAAACUCAUAACCCUUCCUUUUCCCAAGAACCCCAGGCCCUAACCUCACUGAUAGAAUCUAUCCUCCUCACACACCAGCCCACCUGGGACGACUGCCAGCAGCUCCUACAGGUCCUUUUGACUACAGAGGAAAGGCAACAAGUUCUCCUGGAGGCUUUCCAACCCAGCUCCCCAACGAAAUAGAUGAGGGGUUUCCCCUCACCCGCCCGGACUGGGACUAUGAAACGGCUCCAGGUAGGAGACUCCGUGUAAGUCCGGCGGCACCGCUCUCAAGGAUUGGAGCCUCGUUGGAAGGGACCUUACAUCGUCCUGCUGACCACGCCCACCGCCAUAAAGGUUGACGGGAUUGCCGCCUGGAUUCACGCAUCGCACACCAAAGCAGCCCCAAAAACCCCUGGACCAGAAACUCCCAAAACCUGGAAGCUCCACCGUUCGGAGAACCCUCUUAAGAUAAGACUCUCCCGUGUCUGACUGCUAAUCCACCCUGUCCCUGCACGAACCCAAAAUGAAACCCCCAGCAGGAAUGGUCUUUCUGUGGGUCCUCACAAGCUUGGGGGCGGGAAUUGGAGCUAAAAUUGUCAAAGAGGGGAACCCACAUCAGGUUUACACCUUGACUUGGCAAAUCUACUCCCAGAGUGGGGAAGUUGUCUGGGAGGUCCAAGGUAACCAUGCGCUUAACACUUGGUGGCCCCCACUUACCCCUGAUUUUUGCCAGCUGGCAGCUGGACUAGACACUUGGGAUAUCCCCCUGGUUUACCACUUUAGUCUCCUCCCUCAUGGGCCCCUUAAUACUCCUACUAUUAAUACUGGUGUUCGGACCCUGCAUCCUUAACCGCUUGGUACAGUUCAUAAGAGAAAGACUCUCUGUCAUCCAGGCCUUGGUUCUAACCCAACAGUACCACCAACUAAGACAAUUUGAUGCAGAAAGGCCAGAUACAA